CUCAUGACGUCAUCAGUAUCCCGCCGGCGGUUUGCGGCUGCUGCGUCCGCAUGGCAACCGUGUUUGUGCAGAGUAGAAAUCUGCGGGGCAGCUGGCGGUCAGACGCACGGCGGAGUGCAUGAGGCGCGUCGUUGGCGCAGUUUGACAGCCUGUGAUCAGCUCCCACCAACCAUCAGUAACCAUGACAGCAGAGGAGACAAUCAACAUCAAGGAGGCAGAGGUGAUAAGGCUGAUCUUGGACUUCCUCAAUUCCAGGAAGUUGCACAUCAGCAUGCUGGCAUUAGAGAAGGAGAGCAGUGUCAUCAACGGGCUGUAUUCUGACGAUAUGCUGUUUCUCAGACAACUUAUUCUCGAUGGUCAGUGGGAGGAGGUGAUGCAGUUCAUUCAACCUUUAGAAGGCAUGGACAAAUUUGACAAGAAAAGGUUUCACUAUAUCGUUCUGAAGCAGAGGUUUCUGGAAGCUUUGUGCGUAAAUAACGCCAUUUCUGCUGCCGAGGACCCUCAGAAUCUGGAGCUCACAAUGCAGGAGGCGGUCAAGUGCCUUCACAGUCUGGAGGAGUUCUGCCCCACAAAGGAGGACUACAGCAAACUGUGUUUGCUCCUCACCCUACCACGCCUCACCCACCACUCAGAGUUCAAAGAUUGGAACCCUAGCACGGCACGCGUCCACUGCUUCGAGGAAGCUUGCACCAUGGUAGCAGAGUUCAUCCCCGCAGACAGAAAGCUGAGCGAGGCGGGAUUCAGGGCGAGUGGGAACCGCCUCUUCCAGCUGCUCAUCAAAGGGAUCCUUUACGAGUGCUGUGUGGAGUUCUGCCAGAGUAAAGCAACCGGUGAGGAGAUCACAGAGGGUGAGGUGUUGCUCGGCGUGGAUUUGCUUUGUGGGAAUGGUUGCGAUGAACUGGAUUUGUCGCUGCUAUCCUGGCUGCAGAACCUCUCUCCCAGUACCUUCACAUGCGCCUUCCAGCAGAAGACCCUCAGCAUCCAUGUAGACCGGCUUUUGAAGCCCAACAAGGCCAACCAUGCUGAUCUCCUCACUCCGUUAAUCAACCGUCUGUCUCCUUGCGCUGCCUCACCCUUCCGCCAGAGGCCCCAUUCAGCCGACACCUACAUGUCCAGAUCGCUCAACCCGGUACUGGAUGGUCUAUCCCAUGGUCUGGCAGCUCAGGAUAAGAGAUGCAUGGAGGGAAAUGUAAAGUCUUCCCUCAGUCGGAGUCUAGUGGAGAACAAUCUUCAUCAGCAGGAUGAUUCUCCUGAGAGGAAGCACCCACAGAUGCUGGAUGGCCCCACACGACCCCCCCUGACCCCUGGUAGAGACGGUGGACCACCGUGCUGCAAAGAAACAAUUGAGCAUCUGGAUACAGCAGAGCAGAUUCAGGAGUACUACAGGCAGCGGCUCCGCGUGCAGCAGCAUCUGGAGCAGAAGCAGCAGCAAAAACAGCUUUACCAGCAGAUGCUGCUGGAGGGAGGCGUGAAACCGCAGGACGGAGCCCAACACAACCUCACCGAGACCUUCCUCAGCAAGUCCAUCCAGAAGCUGGAGGAGAUGAAUGUUGGGAUUGAUCACGGAGGCGAAGAGGUGAUGUCACAUCUGGGACAGCAGAUUAAUGGACUGAAGGGUAACGCCAGCACUUCUAGUCCCAGGACCCCCAGCACCCAGCAAACUCCAGAGGCUGGGCCGGCGAUGGAGAAGCCAGGUGGAAUUACCAGCAGCACCCCGUUAAAAACUGGGGGCCACAGAUUACCUUCCCUCAGAGAGUCACCAGUUUCUGGGAGUGGUGAGAGGAUCGGAGCUGCUGGUCCCACUGUGGAAAAUGAAUCUGGAGUUUCUGCAUCACGCAACUCAAUACAAGAGUCAGGAAAGUCAGCAACCCAGUUUGUUAAAUUGAGUCAACUGGAGGACACACAAGCGGUGCGUGCGGUGGCCUUCCACCCCUCUGGGGCGCUAUACGCCGUGGGCUCCAAUUCCAAAACCCUGAGAGUCUGUGCUUACCCACAAACACUGCUCACCAGUGAUUCUGGUGCCACCAAGCAGCCUGUGGUUUGCUUCAGGAGGAACAAACACCACAAGGGCUCCAUCUACUGCGUAGCCUGGAGUCACUGUGGACAACUGUUGGCCACCGGCUCCAACGAUAAAUACGUCAAGGUCCUGCCUUUCAACGCAGACAGCUGCAAUGCCACAGGCCCAGACUUGGAGUUCAGCAUGCAUGAUGGUACCAUCAGGGACCUGGCCUUCAUGGAAGGGCCGGAGAGUGGAGGGUCCAUUCUGAUAAGUGCAGGAGCUGGAGACUGUAACAUCUACACCACCAACUGUCAGAGAGGACAAGGCCUUCACGCCCUGAGUGGACACACCGGUCACAUUCUGACUCUGUACACCUGGGGAGGGUGGAUGAUUGCAUCUGGCUCCCAGGACAAGACGGUCCGCUUCUGGGACCUGCGGGUGCCCAGCUGUGUCAGGGUGAUCGGUACCACUCUGCACGGCUCAGGAAGUCCUGUGGCUUCAGUGGCGGUGGAUCCCAGCGGCCGCCUGCUGGCCACCGGUCAGGAGGACAGCACCUGCAUGUUGUAUGACAUCAGAGGCGGCCGCAUCGUCCAGACCUACCGACCCCACAGCAGCGACAUUCGCUCGGUGCGCUUCUCGCCUGGAGCCCAUCAUCUCCUCACAGGUUCCUAUGACAACAAAAUCAUCAUCAGUGACUUACAAGGUGACCUAACAAAGCCACUCCCACAGACUGUGGCGGGGGAGCAUAGCGACAAGGUGAUCCAGUGUCGGUGGCAUCCACAGGACCAGACUUUCCUCUCCUCUUCUGCGGAUCGAACCGUUGUCCUCUGGGCACAAGGACCCUGAACCCUCCUUGAGAUUCUGUAGCAGCAAACACAAGAAAAGUCGUGGGCAUAAGUCCUUGCACAAGAUGCUGUGCUUGCACACAGUGUACACAGAAUGUGACUAUAUAUACAUACUGUGGAUACACACAGUGUGUGUGUGUGUGUGUGUGUAUACAUACAGUACACAGUGUGUGUAUAUGUACAUGUUUUGUGUGCACAAAUUGUAACUGAAGUUAUUUUGAGAUGGAAAAUGUUGUCACUUGUUUAAAGUUUAUAUGUGUGUGAUUGCACACCACAUAUCGUUUUUUUGUCGGUAUGUGGGCAUAAACGCACUGCAUUAUUUAAAAUGGUGUCUGUAUUUGGAUUUGUAGUUCAAAGUGUAACAAAAUACAUUUGCUUUUAUAAGAAGAGCAUGAAUAUUCAGCUGCAAUAACAGAGUUCAUUCAUUCACUACAAGCACACUUCCACAGCAGUUCUUGUUGCACAGUGCCAAAA